AACAGUUAAAAUUGAGACUUUAAGCUUUCUGAUUAGCUGGCGAUUAAAAGGGGUGUGAUUUAUUUUUUCUCAUAAUCAUUUAUGCUGGCCAGAAUUAUGCAAAUACAUUUUUCCACCGCUGGCGGGCGAUGGUGAUUUUGCUGCGAGUCGACGAGUUCAGAUUAAACUGUUGCUGAAUUUAGUGGAAAAAUGGACGUGUUCCCUGAAUCGCUGCAUUACGAGCUUUUGGCGGAGGUCGGUGAAGGCUCCUUCGGGAAAGUGUAUAAAGCCAGAGAGAUUGGGGAGAAACGGCGCCUCCUGGCGGUGAAGAAGUUCAACUUUCGCUGGGUCUCUGAGGAGUCUGGAAUCCCUCCCUUUAUGAUCCGGGAGGUGGCGCUGCUGCGCAAGGUGGGCUACUUCAACCAUCCGAACAUAGUCAAGCUCUUAGAUGCAUCUGCUGUAUCUGUUGGCUUGGGCCUGGACCUCACUCUGGUGCUGGAAUAUAUUGAUCAGGACCUGUCCACGUUCCUGUCAAAGGCUCCUGCUUGUGGUCUGAGCCGUGAUUUGGCAAAGGAUGUGAUGCAGCAGCUGCUGCGAGGAGUGGACUUCUUGCACACAAACCUCAUCCUGCAUCGAGACUUAAAGCCGGAGAACAUCCUAGUCAGCAAUCAUGGGGAGAUCAAGAUUGCAGACUUUGGACUGGCACGGAUUCAAACCUUUAAUGUCGCUCUUACACCUGGUGUCGUGACCUUGUGGUAUCGAGCUCCAGAGGUACUGCUAAACGCUGUUUACAUGUCCUCAGUAGACAUGUGGAGUGCUGGCUGCAUCUUUGCUGAGCUUUUCCUCCUGAGGCCAUUGUUCAAGGGCUACACAGAGAUGCAGCAGCUGCAACAAAUUUUUGAGUUGAUUGGCUUGCCUAGUGAGGAGGACUGGCCUCGAGAAAGCCCUAUCUUGUACUCUGAAAGCCUGGGGCCAAGGAGCUCCUGCACCAAGCUGCUGCCCAACCUGGACCAAGAUGAGAACGAUCUGCUCUCUCACUGUUUGUUGUUUAAUCCGAGCCGCCGCAUCUCCGCCGCCAAGGCCCUGACUCAUCCUUUCUUUGUGAAGCACUUAAGAUUCCAGCUGAAUGAGGAACCAAAGGUGCUGUGAUCAGAAAUGUCUUACAUAGAGAGCAUCGCUGUGCCAUAAAAUCCACCGUCUUCUUCGUCCCAACAGUUAAAGCUUUAAUCAGCAGCAUCAUGAGAAACUGUGGUCAGACUGGAGAUGGGGAACUGCCUGAACAUUUCUAACAAACAAGCUUGACUCACAGAUUGUGGAACUUAUGGCACAAAAACUUUAGGAAAGUAAGAUUUAUUUUUGAUACUUUUCUCAAACCCAGACACCUUUUUUUAAAACCUUAUAGAAGUUCACGUAGCAGAAGGAACAGUAUGUUUUUCAGUUUCUGUGUUGGUAAGUUUUACUGUUAGACAUAUGGAGUCUGUUUGGUUGUAUGCUGCUAAAAACACAUUAUGAGCACCUUUUAAGUUGACGAGUUUCUGUUUACGAGAGAGUUUUUGUUGCAUUGCAGGACUUUAUAGAUGUGAUUCAUUUUGUUUUUGGGAUGAUAUGUAUGGUGUAAUGGAUGCAGAUUGCACCUGUUUUUACUUUUUUAUUGACAUAUUGUGAGUAUUUUUUCCUCUUUCUGAGUUAUGUUGUUCAUUCAUGAAAUAUGUCUAUAAAUAAUUGUUUUAUGCAUGUCUGUUCUUUUAAAUACAACACAGUUAGACAUA